CUCCAGACCCGCUCGGUUCGAGCGCCCCGCGGGGCUCCAGCCGCUAUGAGCCGCGGCCGCUUCUCCGGCUCCAGGUGCCUGGACGGCACUAGCGACGCCGCGCUGGGCGCCAAGUCGCCGGUGCGCGAGGAAACUUACGAUCAUCUUCUGGAAGUCCCGGUCACUCGGGAGCAAUUAAACCACUAUCGGAAUGUGGCUGAAAAUGCUCGAAGUGAACUUGCAGCAACUUUGGUCAAAUUUGAAUGUGCUCAGUCUGAGCUUCAAGACCUCCGAUCCAAGAUGCUUUCUAAAGAAGUGUCCUGUCAAGAGUUGAAAGCUGAAAUGGAGAGCUACAAAGAAAAUAAUGCCAGAAAAUCAUCUCUCCUCACUUCUCUGAGAGACAGAGUUCAGGAGUUAGAAGAAGAAUCAGCAGCACUUUCCACCUCUAAAAUCAGAACAGAAAUCACAGCUCAUACUGCAAUUAAGGAGAACCAGGAAUUAAAGAAGAAAGUUGUAGAACUAGAUGAGAAAUUACAAAAGUGUUCAAAGGAAAAUGAGGAGAAUAAGAAACAAAUCUCAAAGAAUUGCAGGAAACAUGAGGAAUUUCUAACUCAACUUCAUGACUGCUUGGAUCCAGAAAAGAAGAAUGAAAAGGCAUCAGAGGAAGAUUUAAUUUUCAAGCUUAGAGAGCUGCACAAGGAAAAUGCAUUCGUGAAAGGACAAAUUGUUACUCUUGAAGAGACCAUAAAUGUCCAUGAGAUGGAGGCAAAAGCUAGCAGAGAAACGAUCAUGAGGCUGGCUUCGGAAGUCACCAGAGAGCAGAAAAAAGCUGCCUCCUGCAUUGAAGAGAAAGACAAGCUGAACCAGGACUUGCUCAGUGCUGUAGAAGCAAAAGAAGCUCUCAGAAAGGAAGUUAAGAUCUUCCAAGAAAGGCUGCUUGCUGGCCAGCGGGUCUGGGAUGCCUCCAAGCAGGAGCUGAGCCUGCUGAAGAAAAGCUCGGAAGAGUUGGAGAAGAGUUUGAAGGCCAACGUGGACGCAGCCACAGCCUCGCGAAGCCAGUACUCCUCAUUCAGGGAGAAGAUCGCAGCCCUCCUCAGGGACAGACUGGGCAUGACUGGGUCCACAGAGGAUGCCAUUUUGGAGAGGAUUCGAGAAAUGGGCAGCCGGGAAGAAAGCAGGGACAGGAUGGUCUCCCAGCUUGAAGCCCAAAUAUCGGAGCUUGUGGAACAGUUGGAAAAGGAGUCUGCUUUUCACCAGAAAGCUCUCCAGAGGGCCCAGAAAGCAGAGAACAAGUUGGAGACUCUUCAGGGUCAGCUGACACACCUGGAGGGAGAGCUGGUUUCUAGAGAUGUUUUGCGAGACGACUUGAAUCUUGAGAAACAAAAAUAUCUUACAUUUCUGGAUCAGCUUUCAGAGAAAAUGAAAUUGGACCAGAUGGCUGCUGAACUUGGUUUUGACAUGCGCCUGGAUGUAGUUUUAGCUCGCACAGAGCAGCUGGUCCGUCUCGAGAGCAAUGCAGUCAUUGAAAGCAAGACCAUUGCCUACAAUUUGCAGAGAAAGCUAAAAACUCAGAAAGAAAGACUGGAGAGCAAAGAACUGCACAUGAACCUGCUCCGGCAGAAAAUAGUCCAGUUGGAGGAGGAGAAGCAGGUGCGCACAGCCUUGGCCGUGGAGAGGGAUGAGGCACAUCUCGCCACCAGGAAGUUACAGAAGAAGGUGGAGAGGCUGCAGGGGGAGCUGAGCCAAUGUCAAGAAUCAAACACUGAGCUCAAAGCCAAACUGGCUGACACCAGUGAGCUUAAGAUUAAAACUUUGGAACAGACCAAAGCCAUUGAAGAUCUAAAUAAAUCCAGAGACAAGCUGGAGAAAAUGAAGGAGAAAGCUGAGAAAAAGUUAAAAUCUGUCAAGUUAGAAUUGGAUACUACAGAACAUGAGGCGAAGGAAGAUAAAGAAAGGGCCCGAAACAUGAUAGAGGUAGUAAGCAGUGAAAUGAAGAUGCUAAAAAAAUCUCUGGAAGAAGCCGAAAAGAGAGAAAAACAGCUGGUGGACUUCAGGGAGGUCGUGUCCCAGAUGCUAGGCUUGAAUGUGACCAAUCUCGCUCUUCCUGACUAUGAAAUCGUCAAGUGUCUGGAAAAACUGAUCCAUUCACAUCAGCAUCACUUUGUCACCUGUGCCUGCCUCAAAGAUGUGACUGCUGGGCAAGAUAGGUACCCACAAAGCCACUUACAACUUCUUCAUUGAACCGAGCAUCUCUUGAGGGAGGUGGCACCGAGAGAUGGGACACAAUUCCCAAUGUCACAAGUUCCCCACAUAUCUGAAGUUUGAUCAGUAUGUGAACAUUGUAUACUUUGAUGAUACAGUGAGAAAGCUUCAUUGGCAAAAAAAGAUCUCAAAAGUGCUCGGCUUAGAUAAAUACUAAAAACACCUAUAAUUUCAUUUACCAGCACUUUAGGACCCGGAAGCCUUCCACUGGAUUGCAUUAUUUAGAUUGGGAAGUGGGAGUAAGGAACUAACAUUUAUGGGGUAUCUAUUGUGAGUCAGGGGCUUGACUAGCCAAUUUAAUUCUCAUAAUAACCAUGUGGAAAAGUUUUAACUUUUUUAUUUUACAGCCUCUCUGGGGCUAAUGAUGGUGUUACCUGCCCAAGGUGGCAGUUGGUGAGUGGUGGACGCAGUGGGCUCUGCAUCAAAGGCUGUGCCUCUUGGCUACUUCCCAGUCUCGUCUCUCAGAAUCUCUGUGAUGCUGGCAGAAACUGUCUGUGUAAAGGAAGGAAGACAUCCCCGCAAUUAGUAGUUAAAGUCCCAAAGUGACAGAUUUAUAAGUGUAAACUAUAUAAUUGCUUUAAAAAGCAAUAUACCUAAUUCACUUCGGUAAAAUAUGCACAGGUCUGAGGUCCUAUAAGAAACUUACCUGUUUCAAAUAUUGCCAUCAGAUUGCAUCUGGCGGCAAUUUUUAAUGUUUGAACAGGGAUGAUCUCAGUCUUUUAAAAACGAAAGCUUUAAUGUGAACCCAGCCCUACGAGAUGAAGAAAUACCAUUCAGUCUUACUCACCGAUACAUCAAAUGCACUCACAGCAAGGGUACUUUUCCAAGAUCAGGAUUUUAUUGUAAAUUGUUAUCAUUUCUUGACUUCUUUUUAGGUUUCUAUUUUACAAACAUUUUUCGGGAAAUCAUAUUCUUAACUUCACUGAGAAAAAUGUGUCACUUUUUGGGGGAAUAUAUCGAAUUUCUACCAUUUAAAAUGUAUUUUUUAUUGUCCCUGAUAGAAGCACUAGCGUCUAAUUAAAUGAAAGGGAAAAAAUAGAUCUAGCAUGCCCAAACAUUAAGAGACAAUGAAAAAUAUACAACAAACUGUUCGUGAGUCAUCAAAAAGUCAAUAUUAUAAACAAAGCAUUGGCUUCUUUCUUCUAGACUAAAAGAGAUUAAAGAAUCAAUUGCAAUUAAAACUUAGGCUGAAACUAGAUUGGAUAUUGGUUUGGAUUUUAAAAAAGAAUAAAAUAUUCUUGCAACAAUUGGGUAAAUUUGAAUGCGGACUCAGAACUAGAUGAUAUUAAAAAUUAUUUUUAAUUUUUAGCUUGAUAAAUGCACUGAUAGUUAUACUCUAAAUAAUUAAAAAUUCAAGAAUCCAUAGUGCUACACACAAAAAAAGGAAUAAAAUGGAGGAAAAAAGUGAAGCUCUUUUAAGAAAACUACUAUCCAAUAAACAUAGAAUGGACGAUGGGAGAAAAAGAGAGAAAGGGAAAAUCUAGAAGAAAGCAAAUGAGUUUGACACUUACAGUUGGAUGGCAGACAGACCGCAUAGGGGAAGAACGACUAGA